CCUUAAACCAUCCCCUCCUUUCCUUGACCAACCCAACCGAGCUUGACGUUACCGGCUAGAGACCUCUGCAGCAAGACGUACCGACUUUCAUGCCAUUCCGUCAAUCCCUUCUCAAGGGAUGCCUCUUCAUAUACGUUCUCUCGUGUGCUGCCAUAUCGUGCGAGGCACGACCAGCAACGUUCAACAACGGCACUUCAUUCAUCUUCAGUAAUGAAUCUGGCACGGUCCAAAUUACGGAUCCGGUUAUGGGGAACGCAAUUGCACAGGGUUCUGCUAAUGACGGUGCGGGAAACGGCAUAAACGUUCCUGCACUCCUGUGGAUUGUUUUCGCGUUCUUGCUUGGGAUCCCGUUGUUAACUGCUGGCGUUCGUUUGGGUCGUUUCACGAGUGGUGUCGGUCUUGGCCUUGGUAUCGCCGUUUCAAUAUGGGCUUCUAUAAUCAAUACUGCCAGCGAAGGCAACAUCGCCGACAUGGUCAUCCUAGCGAUCACCGUCGCCCUCUUCGUCAUCGGCUUUGUUAUCGGAGUCGUCACGAUCGAGUACCGAGUAGGAACGGCCGUACUCGGCGCAGCAGGCGGUCUGUCGAUCAUGAUGCGAAUAAUAUUGAUGAAGGAAGAUUUACUUGUUGGAGUGUAUUAUGUUGAUUGGUUGCUUUGUGCGGUAUUUGGUGCGGUGGGAUUGGUAAUUGUUGUUUGGAAGGAGCGAUGGGGAGUUAUUGUUGGGAGCUCUGCUGCUGGCUCCUUCCUCAUCUGUCUUGGGAUCGACCUCCUCAUCAAUAAGCAGGCUGGCAUGUCGCGCGGGCUUCGCUUCAUGUUCGACCGAAAUUCACAUCAUCUGUCUGACAUCUUUGGAACGGGAUAUAAACCGUUAAUAUCAUCUCAAAUCAUCAUGAUCAUCACCAUCGCAGUAAUACCCAUUUUCGCAUAUGCACAACACAAAUUCUUCCCGCGUCCCUUCCGUGUUUCCCGACAUCGACCGUCCUCAUUCCUGGGUGACGAUGCGAGCAUCCGCUCACGUACCUGGAUAGGUCGAAUCCGCGGACGGAAACACUCUCCCAUACCUCCCUCAGCCGAUCCCAACUCGGAUAAAAACGCAAGUACGCAAGCGCUUGUAACGAACGUCGACGUUCCCAACUCGCCGGGUGGAAUGGGAGGGAAGUAUCGAGAUGAACCACCCCACAAGGAGGAGGUCCUACAAGCUGCAGGCGUUCCGACGCUGCAGUUUACUCAACAUUGAUCUUUGUUUUCACUAAAAACAAUUUUUUUUGAACGGACGGACGGACUUGCUUUGCAUAUUUAUGUAGAUAUACUCUGAAUAACUUAAAGCCUUAGAAAUGGACGGUAGAUGGACGGUACUAAUGGACUUACGCAUUGCGUAUUGGAGUUUCUUGCAUCAAAACAUUUUCUUGAUAUGCUUAUUUGCAUCCCAAUCCCAUCCUCCCUUUUAUUUCCUUUUCCUUGAUACGCAUGUUCUCAUAUCAUCUUCAUUUGGCCUCACCUCACCUCAGCACGUCACACUAGUACUUGAACAAAGUCAGCACGAGGCUGCACAAUUCCACUUAUCUUGCUUUUUGCUCCUUCUCUCUUUGUUCUUGCAUUCGCAACUUGACAUUGCAAUCCUUCGCAUUGGUCCUUCGCACAUUCGUCAUUUCUUAGUUGCAUUUGCAGUUUUUGCAUUGACAUGUAGGACUGGUCCAAUUCUUUUCUGUGAAUCAAUCUUUUCUUUAUC